AGCAUCAACAACACCGUCUACUGCACCAAUUAUCGCAUUUAUUACAUAUCUGGUAGCUUUUAACAUGAACAACAUCGUUGAAAUCGUGCUUCAAAAUUACCAUGCCCUUGCGACUCGAACUGUCUCUCAGAUGAAAGUCGAUAAGGACGAAACGUGGGCCACUCGUGGUAAAGAAUUCGAUGGGAUUUCGAAUACAAAAAAGGUGGCCAGCAGACUGAGCGGCUGGCGCAUUCUGCAAUAUAUGUUGUUGCAGGGGCCAACUCUUCUUACCUCGAUCGUGAAGACGUUUAUCGCUUGUCUUACAACGAGAUUGAAGACUUGGCUUACUUGUCUGGCUGCUUCCAAGAGCGAGAACAGCCGUCAGCCUCAAGACCCCGAAAUAGGAUUGCAACAAAUGCCAACCUCCUCGACAGCUCCCGGUGAAUCCCAAAUACAUCCUUCUUCGGUGAGAGUCGCUGUCAACAAUCCAGCGACUACCAGUUCGAACUCCGCAACCACUGGUCUUGCAAAACUCAAUGCUACUGACCAGAAGUCACUGACGGAUCUUCUGUAG